AGACACACAUUGGCCAAUCAGCUUCAGUAGUGGAGCGUGCGAAACACCAAUGAACUUCUGUCUUGCUGGAGUGUCGGCUUUGGGCGGAAGUGGCUUUCUUGACCGGGAGAAACGAGAUGGGGGUGAAGGUGGAGGUAUUUCGGAUGAUACUCUACCUCACUUUCCCUGUGGCUAUGUUCUGGAUUUCCAAUCAGGCCGAGUGGUUUGAGAACGAUGUCAUACAGCGCAAGAGGGAGCUAUGGCCACCUGAUAAGCGUCAGGAGUUAGAAGAAUUCAAAGAGAGGAUACGGAAGCAGCGGGAGGAGAGGCUCCUUCGUGCUGCCCAGCGGAACUCCUGAGGCCUCCAAGUGGGCGUCCUAGCCCCUCCCCUGAUGAAAUAUACACAUACUCAGUUCCUUUUGCUCA